AUGCCAAAAGACGAUGAUCAGCUUCCUCGAGUCUCAGCUUUGCGCGGGGUAAGCAUAGCGCAAUGUACCAGAUCUAGAAGAAAGGAAAGAACACGCGGCCUUUAUCCCUACAGCCCACCACCAUACAGACUGCUUCAAACACUGCUCAAGCGUCCGGAUCUCGCUCAAUAUAUCAAAGAAGUCGAGCUACUUAUGGUAACACCUGACACCGGGGUUUUCCACGAUCGUUAUGAUGCUCGUGAAGGUGGACUUAGCAGGGUUGAAUUAUUAACUCCAGACUAUGAUAUUUCUGGGGAAAUACCUUUUCAUUUUAUAUUACGUACACUCUCGGGGUUAAGAGCAGGGCAGUUGGAAGCGUACAUGGCAGUUCUUCUUACACUUCUAACGAAUGUUAGAACUGUCAACUUUCGACUACGAGGUCCUGUAGUGAACCAUUUGAUGAUGAAGGCUCUGGUCUAUCGUCCAGGCCGUUCAAUGAAGACGUUGAAGUUUACCACCGAUUCAACAUCCGGCUCAGGUACUAGAAACUUUGGACCCUGGCUAAAAUGGCAUCGAAUUGAUGCUGCUCUACCAUCUAUUCUAUCAUUGCCUGGGAUUGAGUCAUUAUACGUUGAGGAACUGGUAUGUUUAACUACAACCUUCGAGUUUUCACUUCUGGCGUCCAGUACACUGUUCAGUACACUCAAGAGACUCAGCCUACCUCGUAGUAAUAUCACAGAGUUACAUGUCGGUUCACUGCUUAUGGCGAUGCCGAAAUUGGAACAUUUCGAGUGUCUCCUCGCUUAUGAUCAAAGUGAUAAUGAGAGGUGCCACGGAGAAGUCCUCAGCCUGGCGUUGAGUUUUGUCGCGGAAACACUAGUAUCGCUCAGCUUGGGAAUUGACAUUCUUCGCCCUCAACCCACACUUUGGCAGGUUGCGAAGCCACUAGGAUCAUUGAAGAAUUUCAAAAAAUUGGAAACGUUACAUAUACCCAUUGCUCUUCUGAUAACCCCGGAAAACGUGGAUGAUAUCUCAGAAAUCGACGAGAUACUUCCGCCAAAUCUGGUAUCUUUCACUCCCAACUGGCGCGACCCAAGAGUAGCUACCUCGGCUCUGCAUUACGAAACUACCAGAAUGGUUAAAAUAUACUACGCUAAAAGAUCAUGGCCUUUAUUUGAUGCACCUAAGUAUUAG